CCGGACCCCUCUCUAACCCCUCUUCCACUGGCCCUGCCAGAGCCAGCCGGGACGCAGCGUGGACACACUCGCAGGCCGCUGUGGCCCCAGCCCCGCCUGUCAGGAUGAGCGGCUCCGACGCGGGGCUGGAGGAGGAGCCCGAGCUCAGCAUCACUCUCACCCUGCGGAUGCUGAUGCAUGGGAAGGAGGUGGGCAGCAUCAUUGGGAAGAAAGGAGAGACCGUAAAGCGAAUCCGGGAGCAGAGCAGUGCCCGGAUCACCAUCUCCGAGGGGUCCUGUCCCGAGCGCAUCACCACCAUCACUGGGUCCACGGCGGCCGUCUUCCACGCCGUCUCCAUGAUCGCCUUCAAGCUGGACGAGGACCUUUGUGCUGCCCCUGCAAAUGGCAGCAAUGUCUCCAGGCCUCCCGUGACCCUGCGCCUUGUCAUCCCCGCCAGCCAGUGUGGCUCGCUCAUUGGGAAGGCUGGCACCAAGAUCAAGGAGAUCCGCGAGACUACAGGUGCCCAGGUGCAGGUGGCAGGGGACCUGCUGCCCAACUCCACGGAGCGCGCCGUCACUGUGUCUGGGGUGCCUGACGCCAUCAUCCUGUGUGUGCGCCAGAUCUGCGCUGUGAUCCUGGAGUCCCCACCCAAAGGAGCCACUAUCCCCUACCAUCCAAGCCUCUCCCUAGGGACAGUCCUUCUCUCUGCCAACCAGGGCUUCUCUGUCCAGGGUCAGUAUGGAGCUGUGACCCCAGCUGAGGUCACCAAGCUCCAGCAGCUCUCAGGCCACGCGGUCCCCUUCGCCUCGCCCAGCGUGGUGCCAGCAGGACUGGAUCCCAGCACACAGACCAGCUCUCAGGAGUUCCUGGUUCCCAACGAUUUGAUUGGCUGCGUGAUCGGGCGCCAGGGAAGCAAGAUCAGUGAGAUCCGGCAGAUGUCGGGGGCUCAUAUCAAGAUCGGGAACCAAGCGGAGGGCGCUGGCGAGCGGCACGUGACCAUCACCGGCUCGCCGGUCUCCAUCGCCCUGGCCCAGUACCUCAUCACUGCCUGUCUAGAGACGGCCAAGUCUACCUCUGGGGGGACGCCUGGCUCAGCCCCUGCAGACCUGCCCGCCCCCUUCUCGCCGCCCCUGACAGCCCUGCCCACGGCUCCCCCAGGCCUGCUGGGCACACCCUAUGCCAUCUCUCUCUCCAACUUCAUCGGCCUCAAGCCCGUGCCCUUCUUGGCUCUACCACCCGCUUCCCCAGGGCCGCCGCCGGGCUUGGC